GUGGCACCGCACGGUCACGUGACAGAAAAACCAGGAAGUAAAACUGAAAGUGGUCGGCGAGCUGAAGUUGAGGCUUGAUAUCAAGAUUCAUUUCACGCAUAACAAAUGGACACGGAAGCUAACAACGUCAAUCAAGACUGUGCCCGAAAGUUGCAAAUGGCAACUAGAGAAAAACUAAGAAAAUUCAACCGUUUGCGCGGCCGAGAGGUCGCACGCGGUGAAUUUUGGGACACGGUGGUCGUGACUGCGGCGGACGAGAAGCAGAAAGAUGCUUAUGAGCUUCAGAUUAGGUUGAAAGUGGACCGGAAAGAACUCCCGCUUGGAGUUCACUAUAUGGUCUUCCCGGAUCCACCUGGGUGUAAAAUAGGCAACGGCGGCUCCACUCUGCACGCUCUCCAGCGCCUCAGUGACAUCCAUGGCAAGACUCUUUGCAGAAUGAGAGUCAUCCUGAUCCAUGCAGGUGGUUGGAGUCAGCGCCUCCCCAGUGCCAGUGCCCUCGGGAAGAUCUUCACCGCCGUACCGCUGGGACUUGACUCAUCAAUGGGGAACUACAAAUCCAGACCAUCGCAGACGUGUACAGAUGAGUGGAAGAAAAAGGUGAGCGAGUCGUACUCAGUGAUUCUGGAGAAGCUGGAAGAUGACCUUCAGCUCAAAGACAGCGAGCUCGUGGACCUCAAACUUGCAUUCAGCUCCGACGAGGCGUUUCAGAAGGUGAACUUGAACUACCGGACAGAGAAAGGCCUGUCGCUGCUGCAUCUCUGCUGCGUGUGCAAAGGUAACAAGGGACACAUCAGCUCUUUGAUGGUCAAAGGUCUCCGUCCCUCCAGACUGACCAAGAAUGGAUUCACCGCGCUCCACUUGGCUGCGUAUAAGGACAACGGCGAGCUGCUCACCGCCCUCCUCCACGGGGGCUCGGACGUACAGCAGCUGGGCUACGGAGCCCUCACCGCCCUGCAUGUCGCCACCUUGGCCGGACACAUGGAGGCGACUGAUAUUCUCCUCCAGCACGGAGCUUCCGUUAAUCUCCAGGAUGCUGUUUUUUUCACCCCGCUUCAUAUCGCCGCCUAUAAUGGCAACGAGCAGCUCACCAAACUGCUGCUCAAGUUUGGCGCCGACGUGAACGCCAGCGGCGAGGUGGGUGACCGUCCGCUGCAUCUGGCCGCUGCCAAGGGUUUCCUUGACAUCAUUGCGCUUCUGGUUGGGGAAGGGGGAAAAGCGAAUGUGAACGCGCAGGACAACGAGGACCACGUGCCGCUCCACUUCUGCGCCCGCUUCGGCCACUCUGAGGUGGUGCGCUUCCUCCUUCAGGGAAAUUUCGACGCACAGGCGCACGCCACCAACAUCUACGGCGACACGCCGUUACACCUGGCCUGCUACAAUGGCAAAUACGACGUCGUGAAGGAGAUUAUCCAGCUCUCUGGUGCCGAGAGUCUCAUCAAGGAGAAUAUUUUCAGCGAAACGUCACUGCACAGUGCUUGCACCUAUGGCAAAGACCUGGAGAUGGUCAAGUUUUUGUUGAGCCAGAAUGCCAUGAGCAUCAACCAUCAGGGCAGAGAUGGACACACAGCACUGCACAGCGCCUGUUUCCACGGGCACAUCCGCCUGGUGCAGUUCCUGCUGGACAACGGGGCCGACAUGAACCUGGUGGCCUGCGAUCCGAGCCGGUCCAGCGGGGAGAAGGAUGAGCAGACCUGCCUUAUGUGGGCUUAUGAGAAAGGUCACGAUGCCAUCGUCACUUUGCUGAAGCACUAUAAGCGUCCUGACGACUCUCCCUGCAAUGAGUACUCACAGCCGGGCGGGGAUGGCUCGUACGUUUCGGUCCCGUCCCCUCUGGGGAAGAUCAAGAGCAUGACGAAAGAGAAAGCUGAAGUUCUUCUACUCAGGGCCAGCCUCCCCUCUCAUUUCCAUCUUCAGCUCUCCGAGUUGGAAUUUAAUGAAAUCAUUGGAUCUGGCUCCUUCGGCAGGGUUUACAAAGGCAAGUGCCGGAACAAAAUAGUCGCAAUUAAACGCUACCGAGCCAACACGUACUGCUCCAAGUCAGACGUGGACAUGUUCUGCCGAGAGGUGUCCAUCCUGUGUCGCCUCAACCACCCGUGCAUCAUCCAGUUUGUGGGCGCCUGUCUGGACGACCCCAGCCAGUUCGCCAUCGUCACCCAGUAUAUCUCGGGGGGCUCGCUCUUCGCGCUGUUGCAUGAGCAGAAGAGGCUGAUUGAUCUGCAGUCCAAGCUCAUCAUUGCCAUGGACGUGGCCAAGGGGAUGGAAUACCUGCACAACCUCACCCAGCCCAUCAUCCACCGAGAUCUAAACAGUCACAAUAUUCUUCUUUAUGAAGACGGACACGCCGUGGUGGCUGAUUUUGGAGAAUCCAGAUUCCUUCAAUCUGUCGAUGAGGACAACAUGACCAAGCAGCCGGGGAACCUGCGAUGGAUGGCUCCCGAGGUCUUCACUCAGUGCACACGCUACUCAGUCAAGGCAGACAUGUUCAGCUAUGCCCUCUGUCUGUGGGAGCUGCUGACUGGAGAAAUUCCCUUUGCACACUUGAAGCCUGCUGCCGCAGCAGCAGACAUGGCCUACCAUCACAUCCGCCCUCCUGUUGGCUACUCCAUCCCCAAACCCAUCUCUGCACUUCUGAUGAGGGGAUGGAACGCAUGUCCAGAGGACCGCCCAGAGUUUUCUGAAGUAGUCACCAACCUGGAGGAGUGCUUAUGCAACGUUGAGCUGAUGUCACCCGCCUCCAGUAACAGCAGCGGCUCCCUGUCGCCUUCCUCAUCAUCGGACUGCCUUCUCGCCCGAGCUGGGCCCAGUCGGGGUCACGUGGCCGCGCUGCGGUCCAGGUUCGAGCUGGAGUACGCACUCAACACUCGAGCCUACGCCUUCUGGAGCCAGAGUGAGCGGAGGCGCGCAUCUGGCGGCCUCUCCUUGGAGGAAAUAAGAAGGAGCAUGCAGUUUUCCCCCAUCGAUCGCAACGGUUACGUGUCCGAUCCCAUGAGCACCAUGCGAUUUUGCUCCUCCAGCAGCAAUGGAAGCUUUGAAGACAGUAACUAACACUUUUUGACUUGGAGGUCAGGCUACUUGAAUGGUUGUGCACUCACCAUUCAUUUUUCAUCGAGCCUUACCUUUAACUUUUUAUCAUGUUGCUCUUUUUUUAAAUAAUAAUCAGUAAAAUCUGUGAUGGGUACAUUUAUUAUAUUUAUUUGUCGAAUUGUAAGCGGAUUUUGAAAUGGGAUAUAGUUGUGCACGUUUAGUGUAGUACCAUGUUGCGCCACAACAUUCUGGGCAGCACUGAGCUCCAUUGGAAAAAGGUGCGGUUUUAACUGCACAGAAGAAGAGACAGAUCGUUUUAUAACUUGAUAUACUGUGUUAGGAAGUUUUAUCAAUUUUAUUUUUUUGACAGCGGGAGCUACCAUGGAAUAAAAUGUGUGUUCUAAA